GACGGAUUAAUGGCAAAUUCACAUGUCGGUGGUGACGGUGGUUCUCUGAUGGCCAUUGGCUGCGUUCGGCAGAUUCAAUAAUUGAGUGAGCGCUCCAAACUUCUUGCACGAUUCAUCUUUCUUCCUUUUCUCUCUACGUUAGAGAGCAAAAGAGAAAAGAUGAACCGUGCUAGAACUUCAGCUAAAAAGAACAGACCUGAGUAUUUUAAAUCUUGUGGAGAGGUGGAAUUGCCGGUCAAGCGCGGUAAAUAAUUGAGAACCUAACCUCAAUUAUUGUUUACUGUUUGCCACAAUGUUGUUCGUGCCUGUCGUUUUUAAUAACGCAUUUGUUUUUUAUAUCAUGAUGAAAUGCCUUUUGCGUCAAGUUGACUUCAUGCACACGACAACGGUAAUUUUUUGCAAAUAUUAUAAAUAAAUAAAAGGACCAAAAUAAAUUAAAUCUAUUUUGUCAGUGUAAAACGUGACAUGACAACACGUAUCUAUAUACGUGCAUAAACUACAUUGAAAUUAAUUUCGAUUUGAAAACCAAAAAUUUAGCGUGACUGGAAAUUCAUCAACGAUAUUGUAUAUGUACCAUAUGCUGGACAAGAUUAAGAUACAUUUUUACAAAGAUAUUAUAAAGUUAAAAGAAACUUAUAUGCUGACAAGAAUAACAAAAAGAAGACGAUGGAAGAUAAUAGCAGAAAGCAGGGAUUUAAAAGAGGAUUGGAAGCAGAUAAGAUCCUUGGUUCGGCAGAAGACAAUGGAAAACUGAUGUACUUGAUACAAUGGAAAGGAACAGAUGCAGUCGACAUGGUGUCUGCCAAUGAAGCCAAUACCAAGUGUCCUCAGAUUGUUAUCCGAUUUUAUGAGGACAGAAUAACCUGGAAUAAAGCAAAAAUAAAAGCGUAAAAUACUUUAUGAACUUUCUUGAAAUGGGAAGCUGGAUCUCUAUAUAUUUUAAGAAAAUUGUCUUUUAUUAUGAUCUCUUGAUGCGAUCAAAAUCUUAUUACAAAUGCUUCGGAG